AUGCAAGCAGAGCAAUCCGCCGCACCAUUGUCUCCUCCCACGACCCUUGUUCCACAAGCACCAGAACCAGAACAAGAUGCAAGUGAAAGUUCAUCAGGGGAUGAAGCAAUUCCAAUGAGUGCAGGCAGCAAUUUGUCCUCGAAUUCGAAUUCGAAUUCAAUUAUAAAACAAACUGCACGCAAAAGAGGUCCAAGAGACACUCCCUUCCUCAAAGCACUUCGAGAAGAAAAUGUUCAUCUAAGACACGAGAAGCAAAGAAUUUUGAAGAAAUUCGAAGCUGUUAAUGAGGAAUUGAAGAACUUUAAGGAGGUAAUAAUAAUAAAAAGUAAUGAAAUAGACAGGCUCCGAGAAGAACUCGGACAAAGAAAGUUGCAAUUCGACAAAGUUCUACUCAUUUAUUUAAACAUUUAUUAUUUCAUUUAUUAUUUCAUUUAUUAUUUCAUUUAUUUAAACAUUUAUUAUAAAAAAGAAUUGAAAUUGAAAUUGAAUUGUUUAGUCAUUUAA